AUGACGGGAAGCGGCAAGAGAAAAGACGCGCCAACUGGCGGUGGCGGGGCGCAGCAAGCUAAGAAGAAAAAGGCGGGAGGCAAUGCAGGAAAGUGGAAGACGCCGCAUCAUAUGGCCAAGGCGGCCAACAAUCAAGAAUCGAACCUCCAGGCAGGAGAACCGGGCAUUUGGGUGACAUGUGCCCGGCACCAGGAAUCCAAGGCAGCGAGGGAGAUCGGGGUGUUGUUUGCCGAGUAUGCAGACAAGAUGUAUGGCAUCAAAGGGGUCCAUGACGCCGAGAAGAAGGAAGGCGAGGAGGACGAGGAUGAAGACGACAUUGAAGCCGCCAUCAAGAAGGAAGUGGAAGCGUUGAAUGCCAACAGAAAAGGCACCGAUGGUGGACACAAUAUGACGCCCCUCAAGAUGAACGUCGACUGCUUGAUGUUUGUCAAGACGAAGCCACCGAUCGACCCGGUGGCAUUUGUGAGACGCAUCGUGGAGGAUGCAAAGUCUGCUAAGGAGACAGGCCAGAUGAAGUGUCGCUAUGUGAACCGGCUGACCCCGGUAAGCGUCACGGGGAAGGCCACGGAACAGGGCCUGGAAGGGGUGGCCAGGGAGGCACUCGCUCCUUUCUUCGACCUGAGUGGAAAGAAGACAGAUGUUGACCAAUCCACGGAGGCCGCGGCGAAGCCAGCAGCGGAAACCGAGGCCAGAAGCGAGAAGGCGUCAAAUGAGAAUGCCCAACCAGCCAAGAAGGAAAUCACUUUCGCCAUCCGACCCAGCGUGCGGAACAAUAGCUCGCUAAAGAGAGAUAUUGUGAUCAAUACCAUUGCUGGGCUUAUCAAUAACGAGCGCCACAAAGUGAACCUGACGUCUCCGGACAAGGUUAUCUUGGUGGACGUGUACCAGAAAGUAUGCGGCGUUAGCGUCGUUGACGGCGACUGGGAAGAGUUCAAGCGGUACAACUUGACAGAGCUGUAUGGGCAGGGCCAGGGAAGCAAGGAAAAGAAGGAGAAAGAGUAGGGGAUGGCAAAGAUGGAAUUGUGCAUCUUUCACCAUCUAAUGUCCCGUCGAUGGUUGGAGGAGGUCCGAGAUGUCAGAGAGCGGCGCUAAGCCCUAUUCAAGAUAAUUUUGACGAGCCGGGCAGCAGUCCCGUGCAGAAUGCACCCCUACCUGGCACCCCGGGCACCCUAACAGCAUUGAAGCCAGACCGCUAUACGGCCCGUGACCCCCCGCGGCUCAUCCAAGCGUCCCAAAACAGCGGAACAGCUUGAAUAGCCGCCUUCCAGGUCCAACAUUGCUUUGUCCGGUUGUUGACGUUACAUAAGGUCAGAAAAAGAAACGACGGUAUAUACUUGAAAGUCUCGGUAGGUGGGAGGCUCGAGGAUUUCCACUAGACCCUCCACUACGUAGAGGGUAAAAAACCCUACAACGAUAAAAAUCAUAAAAUAAACGCAGACGCGUAAAAUGCUAACUCCG